AUGCGAGUUAGAGAUACAGAUGCUGAGAUAUCUACACUUCAGUCUAUUCCAGAAGUCAGAGAGUACACAGAUGUGUCUCCAGAUGAGCUUCCACGUAUUCCUCGAGAGCGAGACAUGGAGUUUAGCAUCGAUUUGCUUCCGAGAACUCAACCAAUAUCUAUCCCUCCAUAUAGUAUGGCACCUGCCGAAUUGAAGGAAUCUCUUAUAGAGUGGUUAGAUGUUGGAAAAUCUGGGAUACAAGGGCCAGACUUGAUUCAGCAGGCCAUAGAGAAGUGCAUUGGAGAUCCUACCCAAGUGGUGCCCGUUGAUGAUGCGCAUAUCACUGAGGACUUAUCGUACGAGGAAGUUCUAGUUGCCAUCCUAGACCGAGAAAUCCGCAAGCUACGAAAUAAAGAGGUAGCCUUAGUGAAAGUUUUAUAG